UCCUGGGGAAAAGCAGCUUCAAGGCCUCCCCAAAGCUCACCGAGCGUAUCGCUGCCCAGCUCGUCAAACCCAUCAUGUUUAACUACGUUGGUGGGCACGUCAGUGACAUCCGCACCUCUGCUGAGAUCCCUGACAUUAUUGUCAACAUCGUGAGAGGGAUCCUGGAUUUGUUCCAAGUCACUGUGAAGACAACACAGAAGAUCUAUGAGCUUGAAGAGGCUAGCAUCCAUGGCAUGUGUCAGAGUCACUAUGCAACUGAACAAGAUGUGAACACAAAGGACAUGCACAUCACUCAGGUUGUGGAUGUCAGUAACUGCAAGGAGAAAGCGGCCAUCUUCAGCGGAAUGGCUACCGCUGUGCUCGACCAAGACUCCAAACAGAGAGGGGAGUCUGUCAUUACCACCUUGAGAUACCUUUACACAGUCCAACCCACAGCAGAGGGAGGUCUCAUUACCAGGGCUCAUGGCCUGGAGCAACAACAGUUCACUCCCUUCAACGUGAAAGGUGGCAGUUUCAAAAUGCAGGCCACGAAGGAAAUGGUGCUUUUAGGCGUGACUGACACAGCGAGCGCCGUCACAUAUGGGCCAAUGGAAAGCAAGGGCAGCCUUGUUUACAAGUUUUUCAAUGCACAAGCUAAUAUCCCCAUUAUUAUGCAAAACCUGGACGACCCAGUCCCAAAGGCUAUAGAGAUGAUCAAGCAUCUGGCGGAGGCUAACCGUUACCAGGUGGACAGCGAUACAUCUCAGGACACUAUAAAGGUCUAUCAACUGCUGCGAGUGACGCCUUAUGAAGGCUUAGAACUCAUGUGGAUGGAAUUGUCUGGAAAUGAAGAGCAUAGACGUUGGUUUUUGGACAUGGUGGUUGAGGUCAGCGAUGCACGAAUCCUGAGGUUCUUGGAAACAAGGUUCCAGGCUGCAGAUAUUUCUGCAGUUGAAGCUUGGCAAACCCUUUUAAUGUCCAUGAACCAUCUGCAGGCUAUUCCUGAUCUGAUUGAGAUGGCUAAAAUGUUCCUGAACAUGCCCUUCAGUAAAUCUAAUAUCAAUCUGUGGCACACCGUGGUGCUCUCCUACGGCUCUCUGGUGUACAAGCACUGUAACUAUUACACACCCUGUCCUGUUGCUGCUGUUCAGCCGCUGCUGGACAUGGCCGUGGAAAGUCUGAGGAAGGGUGACGUUGCGGACAUGGUCCUCGCUCUGAAGGCUCUGGGUAACGCAGGUCAUCCCGGCAGCAUUAAGACCAUCAUGCGUUUCCUCCCUGGAGUGGCUGCGAACCCUGUGGAUCUGCCCCCCCGAGUGCUGAGUGCUGCCGUGCAGUCCAUGAGACUCAUAGCUGCCAGAGACCCUCAAAGUGUCCAAGACAUCACCAUGAGCCUGUUCCUGCAGAAGACCCUUGCCACAGAGAUACGCAUGCUGGCCUUCAUGAUCCUGUUUGACACCAAACCAUCACUGGCUCUGGUGUCCAUAGUGACUAUGCAUCUGCAGGAGGAAAAAGACCUCCAUGUUGUCAGUUUUGCAUACUCCUACCUGAGCAGCCUUGCCAGAUCCAGUACUCCAAACAACCAGUUCCUCUCAACAGCCUGCAACGUAGCAAGGAAAAUCCUGACCCCUAAAUGUGGUCGUCUCAGCUAUCACUACAGCAAAGCAAUGCGCAUGGACUGGUUUAAUGAUGAUUUCCUCAUUGGUACAGCCACAGAAGUCUUCAUGCUGAAAAGUGCUACAAACAUCUUACCUACUGAAAUCAUGAUGAAAGGAAAGUUUUACUUCAUUGGUAGAAUCCUGCAGCUCCUGGAGAUGGGUAUCAAUGCUCACGGACUUAAGUAUCUGUUCGGAAACUUUCAACAAAGCUUUAAAGGAGAUCUUGGUUCAGGUGACUUCCAGGCUCUUUACAGUGUGCUUCAAAACUGGGAAAUUAUGCCAAAUGACAAGCCCGUCCUUACUGCCUUUGCACGCGCUUCCGGACAAGAGUGGUUCUUUGCUGAUAUGGACAAAGAAAUGAUUCGGAACAUCAUCAAUGUUGUCAGACCGUCUGCACGCAAAGGGAGCCCUCUGUGGGCUUCCAUCGAGGAUCUGCAGAGAGGAGUGUCAUGGCAUCGCACAAAGCCAUUCUUAAUCUUUGAGGUUCGCUAUUUCCAAGCUACCACCCUGGGUCUCCCACUGGAGAUUAGCAAAUACUAUAAAACCAUCAAUGGAAUCACUGUUAAUGCCAAAGCUGCAGUAAAUCCACCACUGACCGAAAGUCUUGGAGAGCUGUUGAGUUCGGACAUUUCACUGGAGACUGAUGGUUUUAUUGGUUUCACAAAGGACUUUUGGGUUUUCUAUGGGAUCAACACAGAGCUGUUCCAGUGUGGAACUGAGUUCAAGAGCAAGACUCCAGUUGCUAUCCCGUGGAAUUUUUCUGCUAAGAUCAAUGUCAGAGAAAGGAAGUUCGAACUUGACUUCCCUUUAUGCAAAAAAGAGGUUGAACUCCUUUCAGUCAGCUCUAAUGUGUAUGCAGUCUCCAGGAACAUUGAAGAUCUAGCUUUGGCUAAAAUUACUCCAAUGAUGCCCAACGCCAUUGACUCCAAUGAUGAGCUGGUCCGGAUGGGCCCCACAAUUGUGAGGUCUGAGUAUGAACAGGUCCCAACAAGAAACAGCUGGUAUCCAAAAGCCAAAGUGUGUGCUGAGAGUAGCAUAUAUGGAGCUGGAGUGUGUGUGGAGUCUGAGUUGAGGAGAGAGUAUUAUCAUGAGGAAUACCCCCUGUACUAUUUCCUGGGAUACACCCGCAUGGCACUCAAAGUAAUCCCAGCUCAGGGAAUCAAAGCUGUUGACAAAAUCCACUUUGAGGUUAAUGCCGACCCUAGCAGACCCCCAGCGAGCACACGCCAACUGAUGGAGACGCUGAGGAGGCUUUCCAAGGAAGCCAUCCAGAGAGUACGUCUGUCCUCUGAUUCAGACUCAAGUGAAAGAGGAUCUGAUCUCAGGGCUCCUGCCCAGGCCUCUAACUCAACACCUGAAGCUGUGUACAAUAUCAAAGCCUUCGCCAUGAGCGGCAACCAGAAGCCAGAGGGGUACGACGCUGCCUUCUACUACACCCCCGAGGCAAACACCCUGAACACCCAGCUGAUUAUAUCCAAGGUCGGGGAGGACACCAACUGGAAGAUGUGCGUGGACACCUCUGUUAGUGCCCAGGUUGAGGCAAAGGCACACAUUAGAUGGGGAGUUGAAUGUCAAUCCUAUGAAAUGUCAAUGAGAGCUGCAAAAUGCAACCUGCUUGGCUCCAAACCAACUCUCAAGGCCAAAAUACACUGGACCAGGGUCCCAGGAAACAUGGCAGAGAUCGGCAAAAGAAUUGAAAGCUACGUCCCCGGCAUGGCUCUGCUUCUCGGUUUCAACCAACAAUUUAAGAGAAAUACCAAGCAGGAGGUGUCUGCAUCAGUUGUUGUCACCUCAGCAGACAGCGUGGAUGUGCAUAUUGAAUUCCCAGAGGAUACAGUCUUCCGCCAUGCUAUUCCAUUUCCACUGCCACCUGUCUGUUUUCAGGAGGUUCAACAGGACAACAGCAACACAACAAUAGACAGCUUUGGAUGGGCAUAAUAACAAGUGGGCUAUAUAAAAUCAGUCUGAUUAGACUUAAUUGGAUCUUCGUCAAAUUGUUCUGUGCUUUGAAACACUUUUGUAGCUGAGUGGGUACAACACAUGUCCAAAUUCUUCUCUACAAUGUUUAAUAAAGGCAGAAAUAAAUAAAAAAA